AUGUCUCGUACUGAAGAACGUAAUCAAGAAGCUACUGUAUAUAUAGGAAACUUGGAUGAAAGAUGUACUGAAGCACUAAUCUGGGAAUUAAUGCUUCAAGCUGGUCCUGUUGUUAAUGUUCAUUUACCAAAAGAUCGUGUUACUCAAACACAUCAAAAUUAUGGAUUUUGCGAGUAUAUGAGUGAAGAUGAUGCUGAUUAUGCAAUAAAAAUAAUGAAUCAAAUCAAAUUAUAUGGGAAACCAAUACGUGUUAACAAAGCAACAUCAGACAAAAAAAAUUUAGAUGUUGGUGCUUCAUUAUUUAUAGGGAAUUUGGAUCCAGAUGUAGAUGAAAAAAUGUUAUAUGAUACUUUCAAUCCUGAUACUGGAAAUAGUAAAGGGUAUGGCUUCAUUUCAUAUGACAAUUUUGAUUCAUCGGAUGCUGCAAUUGAUGCUAUGAAUGGCCAAUAUUUGAUGAAUAAACCAAUUACUGUUUCAUAUGCAUUCAAAAAGGAUGGUAAAGGUGAACGUCAUGGAAGUGCAGCUGCACAAGCAAAGAAAAAUCAAAGUUUGCCAAAUCGUUUAUUUGCUGAUAUUCAUCCUGUUACUCAAGUACUACAACCAUCACUUAAUAAAUUUAUAUAG